AUGGACCAUGCCGACCUAUCAAAGGAUGAUGAUCCUUCAAAGGAUAAAGGGAAAUACGAUCUAGAGGAAGUCGAAGAGUCUGAGGAUGAGGGCAUACUACAAGAUGCUCACAAGAUGAACAACGACAGCCUCGUAGAGGAUGAUGAGGGCCUCACUGAUAAGGAACCUGCACCACCUACCCCACCACCUUCUCCACAUAAGCCAUACUACCAUCCAUACUGCAAUUAUGGCAAGAGUCCACUAAUUAUGAGGACCCCAAGUUUGAGUGUUCCUCUAGUAUAUCACUUGGACCCAUCCAUUGCUGUUUCCCGACCCAUUAGUGGUCGUAAGAGGAAACUAAACUUGCCUCAUGAGCCAUCUUGGCUAACUAACUUGCUCGAAAAGGGGAUGAAUAUUGAAGAUCCUCCACGGUUUCAGAUAGGCAAGUCUUAUCAGGCUCCGCUACAUGUGUCACUCAGGGAUGAUCCCGAGAAUAACCCAAUCCAUCGCCUGAUGAGUCAGGGUGACAGAUUAUCUAAAAGAAGAGUUGGAAGACUCGAAAAGGAGGAGAAGGAUGACACAAUAGCCAUCCAGACCGUCUACCAGCACAUAGGUGCAUGUUGCACCAAGGAAAACACUUUGUGUGCUCAUUUACGGGCCCUAGCGUAUCGGACUCUGAUUUUAGUGAGUCAGUUGGAUGCAUCCGAGCACCAAGCGGUCGUUGCUGAGAAAAGGCAAAGCUAG